UAGCAUUCUAUGACAAUCUUGAAUGCCAACGGAAAGCUCCUGGACAGCAAACUCUUCCAAGAUCUUAACUGGACUGUUGAGUAUUGGUAAAGAAGAGAAAAAGAUCAGAACGAUGGCAAGAGCAAACAGAGUGCUGUCUGUCUCCCCUCCAGAUGGGGGCUGGGGCUGGAUGAUUGUAGCUGGCUGUUUCCUUGUCACCAUCUGCACCCGGGCAGUUACCAGAUGCAUCUCAAUAUUUUUUGUGGAAUUCCAGACAUAUUUCUCUCAGGAUUAUGCACAAACAGCAUGGAUCCAUUCCAUUGUAGACUGUGUGACCAUGCUCUGUGCACCACUUGGGAGUGUGGUCAGUAACCAUUUAUCCUGUCAAGUGGGAAUCAUGCUUGGUGGCUUGCUUGCAUCUACUGGUCUCAUCCUGGGCUCAUUUGCUACCAGUUUGAAGCAUCUCUACCUCACUCUGGGAGUUCUUACAGGUCUUGGAUUUGCACUCUGUUACUCUCCAGCUAUCGCCAUGGUUGGCAAGUAUUUCAGCAAACGGAAAGCCCUGGCCUAUGGGAUCGCCAUGUCAGGAAGUGGCAUUGGUACCUUCAUCUUGGCCCCUGUGGUUCAGCUCCUCAUUGAACAGUUUUCCUGGCGGGGAGCACUCCUCAUUCUAGGUGGCUUUGUUUUGAAUCUCUGUGUUUGUGGGGCUUUGAUGCGACCCAUUACUCUUAAAGAGGAUCAUCCGACUCCAGAGCAGAACCAUGUGGAUCGAACUCAGAAACAAGACUGUAAGCAGGCUUCGUCCUGUUCCAAUUUGACCAAAGAAUGGAUGCAGACCUGCUUUUGGGACUCUUUGCAACAGGAAUACAGCUUUUUGCUGACCUCAGACUUUGUCGUAUUAGCCAUCUCUGUCCUGUUUAUGGCGUAUGGCUGCAGCCCCCUCUUUGUCUACUUAGUGCCUUAUGCUCUGAGUGUCGGAGUGAAUCACCAGCAAGCUGCUUUCCUGAUGUCCAUACUUGGUGUGAUCGACAUUAUUGGCAAUAUCACCUUUGGAUGGCUGACAGACAGAAGAUGUCUGAAGAAUUACCAGUAUGUUUGCUACCUCUUUGCCGUGGGACUAGAUGGACUCUGCUAUCUCUGCCUCCCCCUGCUUCAGAAUCUUCCUCUGCUAGUGCCUUUCUCGGUUACCUUUGGCUACUUUGACGGUGCCUACGUGACCCUGAUUCCAGUAGUGACGGCAGAAAUCGUGGGGACUACCUCGCUAUCCUCAGCACUUGGUGUGGUCUACUUCCUUCACGCGGUGCCAUACUUGGUGAGCCCACCCAUCGCAGGAUGGCUGGUAGACACGACUGGAAGUUAUACUGCAGCAUUUCUUCUCUGUGGAUUUUCCAUGAUAUUUAGUUCAGUGUUGCUUGGCUUUGCUAGACUUGUAAAGAAGAUGAAAAAAAGCCAACUGCAAUUCCUUGCCAAAGAAGCUGAUCCCAAGCUGCAUCUCUGGACUAAUGGAUCAGUGGCGUAUUCUGUAACAAGAGAAUUAAAUCAGAAAGAUGGGGAGUCUGAGGCUCUUACGGUGUCCACCUGACCCAGGACUUUAAGCCUGUGAAUAAAUCUUCAGGGCACAAGAAGAGAGAACAUGAAAUUAUACAUGAUUUAGAAGAUUUUUAUUUUGGCAGAAGGAUUAAGUUCCAAGAAAAUCAUUGUUAUUUUCUUGUUAACAGGUUCAUAAAGGAAACUAGCAAAUAGCAAAGCAAACUUGUCUGGCUCCAAGUUUCCCCAUGUGCAGUUUGCAUUUCACAAUUGAAUUUACCUCUUUUGGAUAAUAACAUCAUUCCAUGAAGAAUGUAAAGGACAAAGCUGAUAUAAUUAUCUGUAAUUAAGGGUAAUUUCCAGACAUCUUAGACCCAAGCAGAUGACCAGUAGGUAGUAAAUUUCUUCCAAAUUCUCUGGUCCUUUCUCUUCCUUCCACCAUUAUAAGGAGAGCAGAGUUCUUGACAAGUAGAUCAACCUACUUUAUGGUUUUUGGAGAAGUAGGAUGAAGGACUCAGUUUUGGAGUAGCAGUUGAUGUUGAAUAUGCCCAAAACUCACUGGGGUCUAUUCCCACCUUACAACCAUAUUUCCUGGCCCCCACCCCUUUGUUUUUCCAACCAGCUCUUUCUUUGUGGAAGUUACCCCUUUGAAAAUCAAAAUAAUCAUGGAAUACCAUGCUUUUCUGGAUUGUAAGACCAGACAACCCUAUCUGGUAAGAUCUUCGAGAAGAACACUGGAAAUUAAAAGCUUAUUUACUAAGAUUAUGUCCUAGGCACUCAACCUCUGUUUCUAGCCUUUAUAAUGUUCUACCCCAGAGGGGUUUGUUUUUAUUUCCAUUGGUUUUUGUUUUCUUUCAAAACCUGGGAUUGAAUUUAGGACCUCACACAUACAAGGCCAAGUGGUCUAAAGCAGAGCCACUUCCUUGAUCCUGUAAUGCUUCUUCUAAAUUCACUCUCAGUGUAGCAGAAGUGCAAGUCAUAAGGGCAAUUUCUCAGUCUUAUCUGAAAUGUUAACACCAACACUUCCCUCCACUCCCCCCAACUCCUUUUUUUCCCCUUCUGAAUUAAAUCUCUUAUUUAAAUUGCAGACACAUUCCUCUUAGGAACAGAAAAAUGUUGACAGGAUUCCAACUGGGCAGGAAUUGAAUUCUUGAAUCAGCAGGUCUCUAGUGAGAGUUUUCUUUUCAGAUUAGACUUCUAGGUUCAUCAUCAUUCAGAACAGGAUCUGACAGUUUUGCUUGGAAAACAAAAACAAAAACAAAAACAACAACCACCAUGAUUCUAAAAUAAUCCAAAGGUGAUAUUCCUUUAUUCCUGUGUGAAUUCUUGGUGUACUGUCCUUCAUCAAUUUAUGUAGGCCUUGGAAACUUGUGGGCUUUUUCAUUCAUUUGUAGUGAAUGCUUUUAGGAUUAAUGUCGGCAUCCUUACACCCUCAUAAAUUAUAGUGUGGGCCCAGGGAGAGGAAGGAGGAAGUUUCUGCAAAAAAGAAACAAACAAAAAACAACAAGGAAGACCCAAGGUUGACUGAACAUGUUGAGUAAGAGUUUUCUCCAAGAGUUUUUGGAAAUAGACUAAGCAAGAAGGAAGACUAAGAUUGAUGAAGCAGCUUGCAUUUCAAUGUCUUUGCCUGGAACUGUAUUAUAUGAUAAUCUGCAAUACUAACAGCUAGUUUGCAGAAUUAAAUGCUGGCUUGACUUAAUGGGAGAAAACUGUAGUCAUUCGUAAUUCUUUUCCAAAGAGAAAUUUGAAUGUUAUUUGUUGCCUUUUUACUUCAUUUGAAAGUUUUGUUUUGAAUCCAUUUACCUUCCCAUUUACCACUUAAAGAUUAAGUUUAGAAAGUGUAAAAGUCAAAAUGAAAAUGAAGUUCUAUGUAUUUGGAAUAGCACUUUACACUGAAUGUUAUUUCUUGAAUCUUUGAGAAGGAAGAUCUUGUUUUGGUUUUUAAAUAUAUAACUAGUUUAAAUAUAUGUAUUUUCAUAUUAAGUAUCAUAGUAAAAUUUUGUUUAUAUGGUUCUGUAAUAAAAUUUCUAUAAACUAUUAUAUAUUCAUGAAAAUAGGCAUAAAUAACAGUUUUUUAAAGUUUAUAUAAAAUAUUCGGGAUAGUUGACUAUAUAUAAAUUUAUAGUUACAUUCCUCUCUGGAGCAGCAUUUUAAAGCAUUUUCAAGGACCAGUAAGGAAAAUAUAGAGUCUCCUGGUGUUUUCUACACAAAAUUUUGCUGUUAAGGAUCCGUGUUUAUUUUAAAUUGAUUUAUGGGGGUAAAAUGUUUUGUGGAAUCAAUAACAAAAUUAUGGUGGGAUAAAUCUACAUCUUAAAUUAUCUUUGUAUCACUGAGAGCUUUAUUUUGACAUUGACAGAGCAAAAGAAAUUACUUUUUUUAGAUGCACUGUACCAUUGGGCCUUUUCUUUGAUCCAGAUUCAGUUUCACUAAUCAAUGGACUAUUUACACUAAUGUUUUCUUCUUUCAAAAUUGUAAUAAAAUGAUGAAAUGA